AUGAUUGAAGGAUUUAGAAAGGAUAUUAAAGAUGCGGAGAAUACUAUCAGAACUUUAAAAGGUCAGAAAAAUGGUAAUGUUACCGGACGACCAGACUGGGUUCGUUGUCAGUGUGGACAAAUGUUUGAUAAAGCAGGUGAGCAUUAUGCAGUGAGAGAAGUAAGUGGAAUAGGACAUUUUUGUAGUCAUGAUUGUGGGGAAAAAUACAAAACUACUAAUGAAACGGUUUGGAAAGUUCCGCAAUAUGCAGAAAAAGUAUAUGGAACUUUCUCCAAUAGCAACUCCGACUUGAGAAAAGAAAACCAAGAAUUACGCGAAGAGUUGUCAGAAGUUAAAAAUCAAUUAGCCCAAGUAUUAGACGAAUUGAAAAAGUUAAAGCGUAAUAUAAAUGGUAAAGGUAGUGAAAAGUUGGAACAGCAAAUAGUUCAAAAUGAGAAGUUAAUUAAAGAUAGUGAAAAUAUUUCGGUGGCUGAGGUACAAGAGCAAGUUAAUAAAUCGCAAGCGUUAAUGAAUGAGUUUAAUACUGCUGUUUCCUCAGCCAAAGAUAAUAAAGAAUUAAUUAGAAAAAAAACCAAUAUUAAGCGCAGUGAAGUAUACGAGGAUUGCGACGAGUAUAUUUAUGUAGAUAAAUAUCUUAAACUUGACUGCGAAGAUUUCUAUUGUAGAGAAAUGUAUGAAAAUUUAUUGGGAGAAGGUGAUGGUGAAUGUGAAUUGCAUUUUGGUUAUGACCCAAAAUUUAGAGAAUAUUUUAUUGAUAUUAAAGCGGAAUAUGGAGAAAAAGAAUGUGGUGUAGAUUAUGGAGAUUUAGAAACAAGAUCCAAAAUUCCUAAAGAGUUUAAAGGUGAUGAAUGGUGA